AGCUCAAUGUUUAGAAUGCUUCUCUUUCUUUACAUAUUCCUGGUUUUCCAUCAACUUCAUACCAAGGCGGGAAACAAUCUUUGCCGAAUGAUAGGACAACCUAAGUCCCCGCUGCUUUCUAAGAAUGGAGAUAUAACGAUUGGUGCACUUUUUGCAAUACACAGCAAAGAAACAUUUCCUUCAUUUCAGUUUACACAAAAACCCCAGCUCCUGUCAUGCUCCAGUGUGAAUUUAAGAGAUUUCAGGAUGGCUCAAAUUAUGAUUUUUGCAAUUGAAGAGAUUAACAGAAGUGAAAGUUUGCUCCCAAAUGUUUCUAUUGGCUAUCGGAUUUAUGAUACGUGUGGUUCAAGACUGUCUGCUAUGAGUGCAACUAUGGGACUGAUGAAUGGGCCAGAGUUUUCUGCUGAGUAUAGAUGCAAUGGACAGUCUCCUAUACAUGCUAUCAUUGGAGAAACUGAGUCUUCUGCUACUGUGAUUCUGUCCAGAACUUCAGGACCAUUUAAAAUUCCAGUGAUAAGUCCCUCAGCCUCAUGUGAAUGUCUCAGUAAUAGGAAAGAGUACCCCUCAUUCUUCAGAACUAUUGCUAGUGAUUACCACCAAGGCAGAGCACUUGCAUACAUAGUCAAGCAAUUAGGCUGGUCUUGGGUUGGAGCUGUGAACAGUGACAAUGACUAUGGAAACAAUGUUAUGGCCAUAUUUCUGAAUACAGCUCAGAAAGAGGGGAUUUGUGUAGAGUACUCUGUCAAAUUCUACCGAACAGAGACUGAAAAACUAAGAAAAGCGGUCGACACAAUUAAAAGAAGCACAGCAAAAGUGAUUGUUGCAUUUGUUUCACUUAUUGAAAUGGGCUUACUUAUUGAUCAGCUAAGUAUUCAGAAUAUUACAGGCUUUCAAUUGAUUGGAGGGGAGGGAUGGGUAACUGCAAAGAGUUUGAUCACUCCAAAGAGUUUUCACGUGAUGGGAGGGUCACUGGGGUUUGCAUUUAGAAAAAUCAAAAUUGAUGAGUUUUCAGAUUAUGUUAUUAAGGCAUUUUGGGACACAGCUUUUCCAUGCUCACAGAUUGAGGGGAAUUCUUCUCAGUAUCCAUUAAGGUGCAGGCAAUAUGAAGAUCUACUUACACUAAAACAAAACAAUGAAGAUGUGCCUGAACAAAGAUAUGCAAGCAAUGUCUACAAAGCAGUUUAUGCGGUGGCUUAUUCUCUACACAGUUUAUUGAAGUGCAAAGAACAAGAAGGGUGUGUGAAAGGUCUGACAAUACAACCAAAACAGGUGGUUGAAGCUCUAAAAACAGUCAAUUUCACCGUAAAGUUUGGAGAUCAUGUGUGGUUUGAAAGCAGUGGUGGUGCAGUGGCCCAUUAUGAAGUUGUGAACUGGCAGCAGGACUUAGAUGAAUCAUUCCAGUUUAAACCAGUGGGAUACUUUGAUGCCUCACUGCCCCCUGACCAGAGCUUUAUGCUAAACACUAAAAAUAUUAUUUGGGCUGGAGGACAUCUGGAGAAGCCAAGGUCUGUCUGCAGUGAGAGCUGUGCUCCAGGCACUAGGAAGGCUGUACAGAAAGGGAGACCUGUCUGCUGUUAUGACUGUAUUCCAUGUGCAGAAGGAGAAAUCAGUAAUGAGACAGAUUCAAUUAACUGCAAGCAGUGUCCAGGGGAAUACUGGUCUAAUGCUGAGAAAAAUAAAUGUGUGUUAAAGGCUGUAGAGUUUCUGUCGUUCACAGAAGUUAUGGGUAUAGUUCUAGUCUUUUUCUCACUGUUCGGAGUAGGAUUAACUGUGCUGGUGGCCAUCCUGUUUUACAGCAAGAAGGACACCCCAAUAGUAAAAGCCAACAAUUCAGAGAUUAGUUUCCUGCUACUUUUCUCAUUGACUCUGUGUUUUCUCUGUUCACUUACUUUUAUUGGUCGCCCCACUGAAUGGUCAUGUAUGCUGCGUCACACAGCAUUUGGGAUUACUUUUGUCCUCUGUAUCUCCUGUGUUCUGGGGAAAACAUUAGUGGUGUUAAUGGCCUUCAAGGCUACACUUCCAGGAAGUAAUGUCAUGAAAUGGUUUGGGCCUUCACAACAACGACUCAGUGUUCUUGCCUUUACACUUAUACAGGUUCUUAUCUGUGUGCUUUGGCUAACAAUAUCUCCUCCAUUUCCCUACAAAAAUAUGAAACAUUACAAGGAAAAGAUCAUUCUUGAGUGCAAUCUGGGUUCUACUAUAAGUUUCUGGGCUAUUCUGUGUUAUUUUGGCCUACUUGGUCUCUUGUGUUUCAUUUUGGCUUAUUUGGCUCGUACGCUGCCUGAUAACUUCAAUGAAGCCAAAUUCAUCACAUUCAGUAUGCUCAUAUUCUGUGCUGUAUGGAUCACAUUUAUCCCAGCUUAUGUCAGUUCUCCUGGAAAAUUCACUGUAGCUGUGGAGAUAUUUGCUAUUUUAGCCUCAAGCUUUGGUUUACUAUUCUGCAUAUUUGUACCUAAAUGUUAUAUCAUUCUAUAUAAGCCUGAGCAAAAUACAAAGGAACAUAUGAUGGGAAAAACAACAUAUAAGUCCUACUGA